GGAGAGGCAGCAGCAGGAGAACUUUCUUUGUUUUAAAUGUCCUCUCUUUUCCCGUAAUCCCUUGCUUGUGCUUCUGCCGAACACUUGAGCCAUGAGAUGGUGACACAGAGGAGCAGAGGUGGAUCAGAAGUGCAGCAAAACUGAGCCCACACACAGCAGGAUAAAUCUGAGUAUGCGUCUAAAAAUCAGGAUGUCCACGUUGGUGUUUCCAGGUCAUUCACACUGAUCUGAGCCUAAACAAGUGGAGAAUAGCUGAAUUUAGUCUUCCUCCUAUCACAACAAAUGUCGACUGCAGAAGAGGAAUAAGGAACAAACAGGAAAGAGGUCCUUUAAGGUUUCUGAAGAUCUUUAAGCCAGUGGCUGCGGUUUUGAAAGAGGCCAAUGAAAACGUGCUGUACAUUCAGAGACAAAAGGAGAACAUUGAGGAGUAGAGUUGUGACCCCCUGCAUCCCUGUCAGAGAGAGGGAAUACUGAUGCCAGUCUGCCUUGCGAUUGACUGGAGCAAUGGCAGUCACCAAGGAGCUCAAAGGAGGCAGAAGGACGUCACCAACCCCACCCGAAGGCGGCUGGGGCUGGAUGAUCGUCGCGGGCUGUUUCCUCGCCACCAUCUGCAUCCGGGCAGUGACCAGAUGUGUUUCCAUGUUCUUUGUGGAGUUCCAGCUGCACUUUGAGAGGGAUUAUUCCACCACCGCCUGGAUCCACAGUCUGAUUGACUCCACCACCAUGCUAUGUGCUCCUCUGGGUGGUUUCCUUGGGAGCCGUCUCUCCUGCAAAGCCACAGUGAUUCUGGGAGGUCUGCUGUCUGCUGCUGGUCUGGUCAUCAGCUCCUUUGCUACCAGUCUGGAAUAUCUCUACAUUUUCCUGGGCAUCCUUACAGGUCUUGGCUUUGCUCUCAGCUACACACCAGCCAUAGCGAUGGUUGGGAGGUACUUCAGUGAGAGGAAAGCUCUGGCCUAUGGCAUCGCCCUGUCUGGUAGUGGCAUUGGGACCUUCAUCCUGGCUCCCGUAGUCCAACUGCUUAUCGAGUAUUACUCUUGGAGAGGAGCGCUGCUCAUCCUGGGAGGAUUUGUUUCCAACCUGUGUGUCUGUGGUGCUCUGAUGAAGCCGCUGGAACCAAGAGGAAGUGAAACGAUAUGGGAGAACAACUUGACUAACCUGGAGCAGGAUUGCAUGACGACAGUUCUGGAUUCCAAAGACACUGAGCAAGUAACUACUGACUGCAGCCAAGUGGAGCCAAAGCAGCUUGAAAUAAGCAACUUAAAGGAAACUCAAGGGCUACUCAUAACCAACGGAGCACUCAAAAACAUUGGAUUUGAAAACAACAAACUAGGUCAGGGCAACAUAGCACUGCUGUCAAGACCAACGGGUAUGAAGAUAGCUGAAUGCAUUUUAUUUAGCAACAAGCUAACAGAGACAAUGCUUGGGGAGCUCAAACACUCAGAUUCUAAAUUAGCAAAUGGCAGCACGAUUGAGGACAUGAAAUUGGUGGAAAGCAGGAACUUGAACAAUAAGUCCGCCGACAUGGAUUCUAAGAUAGAAGUCUCAGGACUCACUGAAGCCAAACCAACAGAUGCCUGUCACUUAGAUAAAUUUGUUAGCCCUCCUCCAGAGCUAUUAGUGAGCCCCAAAACUUCUUCCAGAGAUUGCGGAUUUUGCCUCAAAUCCAGGGAGGAGUUUGGAUUUCUUUUGAUACCCGACUUCUUGAUUCUGUCGGUGUCCUUCCUGUUUUUGGCGUAUGGCUGCAGCGCUCCAGUAGUUUACCUGGUUCCUUACGCCCUUAGUGUGGGGGUGGAGUACCAGCACGCUGCCUUCCUCAUGUCCAUAUUUGGAAUCAGCGGCAUUGUGGGGAACAUCACCUUUGGAUGGCUCACGGACAGGAAGUGUCUGAAGAGGUAUCGCAUGCUGUGCUACAUGGUGGCAAUUGGCAUGGAGGGCCUCUGCUGUAUGUUCAUCCCCUUCCUUCACUCCUUCUCCCUCCUGGUCCCACUCUCCAUACUCUACGGGUACUUUGACGGAGCAUAUGUAGCGCUCAUCCCAGUGGUGACCUCUGACAUCGUGGGCUCAACCUAUCUCACCUCCAGUCUGGGUGUGGUCUAUUUCCUGCAUGCCAUCCCCUACCUGGUCAGCCCACCGAUAGGAGGUUGGUUAGUAGACAGGACAGGCAACUACGCAGCAACCUUCUUCCUCAGCGGGGCUUCCUUUAUGUUCAGCUCUGUGGUGCUAGUAGGUACCCUGUUAGUCAGACACUGCCGGAGGUCUGACUCUAACUCAACUGCACAUUUAAGUCUCAAUCACACUACAGCUGAGCAGGGCAUCAUAUGAUGUGCCGGUCACGACGCUGCUUCUCCAUCUGCACCGAUGUGCAAAUCACCACUACCGGGCUGUGGGUUUACAAAGAAUGUAGUAGGGGUGCUAUUUUGACGUGCAUCAUCUGUUGCCGAUGUGUUUUCGACAGAGGAACCAGAGCUCAUGUUCAACAGAAACAGUGCCCAGAAGAACCAAAGCUGAAGAACUUGUGCCUUUUUUACAGAAACUACUGUCUGUCGUGAUUUUGAGGCAUGCGGAUCAAGUUAUAAUGACGUUAUUUUUUCUGUAAGAGUUUCCUCUUUGUUUUUUAUUGUGGAUGUUCUGUUUUGUGAAACCAAACAAAAAUUAGCAAGCAGGUUGCCGUUAACAUUCACGGGCUUUCUGGAGCUUUCCAGUAAUAUGGAGAUUUACAAACUAUUCAAACCAGUUUAAUAUAGAUUCUGAAGUGAGAAAUAUGAUUUUUCAAAACUUGUUCCUUAUUUUCCAAAAAACUCUUGCCCAAUGAUUGUGUUGAGCAUUUGAUCAUCACACGUUUGGUUUCAAAACCUCAUCAAACAUCAUGAUACUU